GUAAAGGGACGACACUCGCCAUCGGGGGGGGGGGGCCUCAAUUCACAGUUCAUUUUCAACAAUUUAUACCCUUUGUCUACCGGUUUCUGGCGAGAAGUAGGUCACAAAAUGAUCUAAUGACUUCUUCUUAUACUUUAUAUAAGUAUACAUGCCGUUUUAACCACCCAGUGACCCGAAACGUCCUCGAUACCAUUCCAUUUCAUCGAAAGCAACGGAAGUUUGCAUCGAGCAACGCGACGCCUAGCGGCGGCUCUCCAUAUAAAGUCAGAGAUGUUUCGAAUGCAUACGGUAUCUCUAACCAUGAGGAAUACUCCCUGGUUCGCGAGAUGAUGGACGACGAGAAAGAGGAGACGCUGACUCUCCGCCGAGACAAGUCCAUCGCCAAGGACCAGAAGAAACUCGACGAGAUGAGAAAGAAACUCCACACGGACGACGAACUGGAGUGGUUGGACCAUUCACGGACCCUGAGAAAACAGGGGGUGUUGGACGUGGACACACUACUGCUGAGGAGGAAGUUCUUUUUCUCCGACCAAAACGUUGACCAGCGUGAUCCAGUACAACUCAACCUGCUAUACGUACAGGUAACUUAA